CGAUUCCGUACGUUCUAUACCCGUCAGUUCUAUGCGUGAUGUACGGAGGUUUCUUCAUCCUUAUGACUAAUAUUCAACUUGGAAAUCUUCUCACGAGAGGGCGCAAUACCCUGAUAUGUAUUCUAGAUGGAGCAUUCGAUUCAAGCGCAUUCGUUUUACUUCUUGUCAAACUUGCAUACGAGGCUGGGAUAUCUCUACAAGCCACUUUCUUAACAAUCAGUGCCAUCUAUGGUAUUUGUAUUAUAAGUACGUUUCUGUGGUUACCACGAAAAGUUAUUCCAUAUCCAUUGCCAAAAAACUUUGCCAUGACGAUAUGCUCUUCGUGUGCACGUAACCGUGGUGGUUACGAAGUCAAAUCUGACCUCGAAAUAAGCACUGUGACUCAAAAUCCAAAUGUUGAAUUGAAUAAAACCAUCGGGUCGACAGAGGAUAAAGUACCAAACACCAAAGUUGGUUACCGUAUGCUUGAGUCGCCACCCCCUUUUAAAGUUGUUAUACAAUCGCCUAUAUAUUGGACAUGUGUUCUCUGGUUUUCGUCAACACACCAACGGAUCACCUUUUUCUUGGGGAACUUCAACUCAUGGAUAACAUACCUGACUUCAGACAAUACAAAAAACGUGAGUAUGUAUACAACAGUAUUCUCGUUUAUGUUAUUUGCGGCUGUUUUAAUCAGUCCUCUAUCUGGGCCAAUGCUUGACAGACGAACAACCGCCCCAAUCGGAUCCCUUGCUUUUAAAUUAGAGAAAAUUCGUCAUUUCAUACCAAUCUUUUAUCUCAACAUCGGCCUUGGUGUCCUGCUUUCUGCAUGUGCGGCCAUUCCUGUGUUAGAGCUACAAUACCUUACAUUCGUAGUGUUUGUUUUUCAUAGGACCUUUAACUACGGCCCUGCAUCGGCAUUCCUUGCACAAGCAUUUCCAAGUCAACAUUUUGGUAAGCUUUAUGGUAUUAUGUUUACUACGGGUGCUAUUGUAAGUUUGCUGCAGUACCCUCUGUUCGUUUGGAUCAAAGGACCACUAAAGAAUGAUUCCAUGUGGGUUCAUAUACUUCUGCUUUGUACUGCUGCUGUUUCGGUAAUCCAUCCCAUCAGUGUAUGGCUCUAUUGUCGGAAAAAUGAUAGUCCUCAGAAUCCGAGUUUUGGCCCAGUUUUCCUUGGUAAAUUGACAAGUAAUAAUGGCUCGGAUUCGAGGCGGUGUCAUUUUCUUCUCAGCCUGGGGUGUACUUGA